AUGCCGUUCACCGAAGACGCUGCGCUGGACCUGUCGUUCGACCCCAAGCUGAUCCCUGCCGAGCUCGACCAGAAGCUCGCGCAGCACGAUCUACACAUCCGUCCGCUCGCCUCGAGCGACUAUGCGCGCGGUCACAUCCAGGUGUUGGCUUCGCUGACGAGUGUUGUGGACCCCGGUGAGGACGCGUGGAAGACGCGGUACCAAGAGCUGGCGGCCUCGAAUGGCUCCGCGAGCAAGUACUUUGUCGUGGUGAUCGUGUCCAAGAGCAGCGACAAGCUCGUCGCGACUGGCACCGUCUUUUUGGAGCCCAAGUUCCUGCGCAACCUCGCGAGCGCGGCGCACAUUGAGGACAUCUCGGUGGACAAGUCGAUGCAAGGCAAAGGCGUCGGCAAGGUUUUGAUCCAGGCGCUCACGACGCUCAGCGAGAACGCGGGUGCGUACAAGACUCUGCUCGACUGCAGCGACGACAACGUUGCCUUCUAUAACAAGUGCGGCUACGAGGUCAAGGGCGUGUACAUGGCCAAGUACAAGUAG